UCAACAAAUUUUGUGAUAAAAGAAAUAAUUUUAGGAGAAAAGGACUCUUCCGUUGUCCCCUUUGUCUCUCUAUCCUCCCAAUAGCCGGCCUUUCUUAAAUUAUUUCAGUUAUAUUUCUAUUGCUCUUGAUAAUUCAAUCUCAAAUUCUCAAGUUGGGAUUGAAAGUUUCCGACUGUUGUUUUCUUUAAGGGAUUUAAUCAUUUGGAUUAUAAUUGAAGGAGCUCCUGCUCUUGAGGUGGAGAUAAUAAAGUUGUUUUCUUUUUGAUUUCUUUACGAGGUGGGUUUGGUGUUUAGGGUUGAAGGAAAAUUGAUAAGAGUUUCGAUUUUUGUUGAUUGGGUUCUCUUUGUUUCUGGAGUUAAAUUUAUGGGUUUGAUUUGAAAUGGUCUAUUUGCAUAGAUCAAUCUCAGUGUGCAACUCGGUUGACCAGGCUUCUCCUAUGGGAAAUUCUGGGAAUUCAAGUGAUUUCAUGAUGAACCCCAAACCAUCCAAACCGUCAUCGUCAAGGGCCAAUUUUUUUAAGAAACAAAAGGUAUCCAAUCCACCAAGUUGUUUGAAAAUCCCAUCUUGUGAGAGAUCAAGAUCUGCUGCCAUUGAUGUUGUCAUCUUAAUUGCUGUGAUUGCUGCUUUUGGAUUCUUAUUGUUUCCGACUAUAAAAUCCAUAUCUUUGAAAUUGUUUGAGUUCAUUGAAGUUGUCUUUUAUUUGGUUAAAGAUGAAAUGAUGAUAUCUCCGAUGGUAUACGGAUCUAUAGGACUUGGUUUUUCUUGUUCUGCAAUAGCUGCUUCGAUUUUGCUCCUUUGUACAACUAGGAAAUGUGGGAAACCUCACUGUAAGGGGCUCAGUAAGGCGACCGAAUUCGAUAUUCAGUUGGAAACCGAAGAAUGUGUUAAGAAUUCAAGCUCCACGCCUAAAGAUGGUGUUACUCGAGGACUUUUAGAAUUGCUGCACAACCGUCAUAAGGAAUUGGAAGCUGAGUUAAAGAGGAUGGCACCAGUUAACGGAAGAGCAGUGCUUAUUUUUCGAGCUAAAUGUGGAUGUUCGGUUGGCAGAUUGGAGGUUCCGGGGCCCAAGAAGAAAAGGAAGAUCAAGAAAUAGGAUUUCAGGAUACAAUAGAUAGAGAAUUAAAGCAAUAUAGAAAGUGGUCAUAAUGCAGAGAGGAGUGCCUUCUCAAGUUAGUUUAAUAUGAUACUAUGUUGUCUUUAAAUAAGCUUCUUAUAGCAAUAAGUUGUAAGGAUUAUAUACAUUCAGUUAUUGGGGGAAUAUAAUAACCCUUUCUUUCGUUUAUUUUAUUGCUAUUUUACUGAAAA